GGCUAAGCUGUUCUGCGUGUAACUGUGUUUGACUUUGGGUCUGCGCAGCUCGCCGCGUCGCCGCAUCGCCGCCUGAAGCGGUGCUGUCCUCACCUCUUGUCUGAGGUUGUAGCGACCCGAAGGGAUCCGCGGGGGGCAACGUGGCGCCGGGAGGCGGCCCCAGCCGGCCCGGGGAUUCCCGCGUUCGCAGCCUGGCAGCCCCGCGCCCUCAUCUGCUCCCGACUCGCCCGGGGGCCACCCACUGCUCUCUGGAAGAGCGUGGCCUCCGAGGGCAUGUGGUCCGGACCCAGUGCUUUCGGUUUUCGGAAGAGCCGGGCCUUGAAGCCGAGGGGGCCGUGCUGGAGGUCCGAGUCCCGCAGGUCCUGCAUCUCCAGUAUGGAAUGUAUGUUUGGCCCUGUGCUGUGGUCCUGGCCCAGUACCUGUGGUUUCACAGAAGAUCUCUGCUGGGCAAGGCAGUCUUAGAGAUUGGAGCUGGAGUGAGCCUUCCAGGAAUCAUAGCUGGAAAAUGUGGUGCUUUAGUAAUACUGUCAGACAAUUCAGAGCUGCCUCACUGCCUGGAAAUCUGUCAGAAAAGCUGCCAAAUGAAUAACCUGCCACAGGUGUGCAUUGUGGGACUGACAUGGGGUCACAUAUCUCAGGACCUUCUGGCUCUACCACCGCAAGAUAUUAUUCUUGCAUCUGAUGUGUUCUUUGAACCAGAAGACUUUGAAGACAUUUUAACUACAGUAUACUUUCUGAUGCAGAAGAACCCCAAGGUCCAACUGUGGUCUACUUACCAGGUGAGAAGUGCUGACUGGUCACUUGAAGCUUUGCUCUACAAGUGGGAUAUGAAAUGUGUCCAUAUUCCUCUGGAGUCUUUUGGUGCAGACAAGGAAGAUAUAGCAGAAUCUGUCUUUCCAGGAAGACAUACUGUUGAAAUGCUGGUCAUCUCCUUUGCAAAGGACAGUCUCUGAAUUAUACCUACAAGCUGUUUUGGGACAAUGUCAAUGCUGAUAAACAACCUAGCAUGCCAACUAGGACUCAAACCACACUUCAGCCUCUUGAGAGUACAAGCAGUUUAUCUGAAGAUAGGCAUAGGCAGGUCUGUUGGCCUUGGAUUGUGAUGGGUCACCUAGAUAAUACCCAUCGGUUAAAGAGCCAGGAAAACAAACAUUAAAACACCUAUUAAGAAAUAAG